AUGGCGUACAACAUUUACAUCAGCCAAACGAAUGAACUAACAGCCAAUCGGGUGCGUCAGUUUAUCAUGCCUGUGCGCGCGUGCAUCGAGCCUGUGACGAAGCAACGCAUCGCUAAAUGGGACAUGGGCAAGGACCCAGAGGAUGUGACGGAAGAUGAAUGGAUCGCAUGGUUCAUGCUGGCGUACCAGGUGGACCCACGAGCGCUAGACUCCUUGAAGAAACAGAUCAGAGCGGCGGCAGUUUUCGGCAUGUCCAUCACCGACGCCGAUUCGCGCAUCGGUCGCAUGCUGGACGGCAUGUCAGUGGCUAUACGCCGCGACCGUCAAGAUUGCGUGAUUCGGGAAGAGAGCACUGCGAUCGUCAAGAUUAUUGUGGAUGCCAUCAAGCCAUCGACAUUGCACCGCGCGGUGACGGAGCACAUAUCGUUGGCACGGAACAAGGCGUUGAAAAACGAUGUAUACCGCUUUGUGCGAUGGCUGCGCGAGUUUGCAAUCGGUCACGCACGUUACGUUGGUUACGAAGAAGAAUUGAAACCGAGCGCCACUCACGACGCGCCAAAAGCGGCACAAGGCGCCAAAGGAGCCUCAAGACCGGGUGUACCCUUGUCGAGGCGGCAGACAGUGAUCUCAAGCUCGACGCCGGCCGUCACGCCCGAGUUCCCCCAAGGUGGUUGCCUGAAGUACAAGUCACCAGACCAUAGAGUGCAGAACAGUCCUGCGGUGACCAAGGACGAAGCAAUAGUCCUGCUGAAGAGCCAUGCCAAAACCCUGGCACAACGGCGCGGAGACACCACGAAGGGAAGGAAGCCCCAAGAUGGUCGAUUGGCCACGAUUCGCAACGCGACCGUUAAAUCGGGUCGAGAAACUUUGCUUACUGUGGUAGACGGCGUCGUGCCAGUGUGCGCAUCACUGCUAGACUCCGGGCAGAUCUAA